AUGGUGCUUAGCCCCACCCACCGUCCUCUUUUCUCUCUCUUUGAUUCAUAUUUUCUUCAAAGUGUUUCUUAUUUUUACAUUUUUAAUAUAGUUUUGUUUCUUUUUAUUUUAUACACUCAUUCAUUGCACCAUUUCUUUUUUCUAUUCUUCAUUUUCACUUUUUCUAUUCUUUUUUUCCUUCUUCUCUUUCUCAUUCACUCUUUCAUUUUUUCAUUAUCAUGUCUUUGUCAAUUUAUUCUUGCUGUUUGUUUCUUUUUUCUUUGCAUUCAGUUCUUUCAGGCCAACUUAUUCUUAAGUGGAUUUCUCCUCAUUACCCUUUCUAUUAACAUAAUCAUAUUCUAUCAAAUCUUCACAUUUUAUUUUUCUUUCAAACUUUCUUUUUCAUGUUCUGUCCAUCUACAAUUAUUCCACUACUUCUUUUACUCUGUCAACUUUGUUCUUCAUCCACUUGUACCUUCUUCAUACUCAUAA